CUGACGAAUUUGUGAAAAGGUUGGUAGACAUUUCGCAAGAAAAAGCAACAACAAAUUUUAAUAAACAAAUAAUUAAACAUUUGCUGAUACUGCCAAAAGAACUUAAUUUUACAAUUGCAACAAAAUGACUGGUCGUGGAAAGGGCGGAAAAGGAUUGGGAAAAGGAGGUGCUAAGCGUCAUCGUAAGGUGUUGCGAGAUAACAUCCAGGGCAUAACCAAGCCGGCCAUUCGCCGUUUGGCCCGUCGUGGUGGAGUCAAGCGUAUCUCUGGCUUGAUAUAUGAGGAGACCCGCGGUGUGCUCAAGGUAUUCUUGGAGAACGUUAUUCGCGAUGCCGUUACUUACACUGAGCAUGCCAAGCGCAAGACCGUCACUGCUAUGGACGUUGUCUACGCCUUGAAGCGCCAGGGACGCACCCUCUACGGUUUUGGCGGUUAAGUGCGGCAGCAUUUAUAUAUUUCGCAUAAUAUGUAACCGGAUUGGAAUUAAUAAUCGAUAUAUAAUACAUAUAAAAAGCAGCGUAUUUAAUCCUCGAUCUACUUAAUCUUGAAUAUUUGAGCAUACCUAUGCAGUAGUAAUUACACAAUGUAUUGACAAGAAAAUAUUCCAUUAUUAUAAAACAUAUAUAGUACACACACUUAUGUGACACUUGCUUGCAACUUUAUUGCAUUAUUCUGCAUUCAAAAGAUUUGCUAACACAAAAUCAAUAUCAUAACGCCAAUAAAUCGUUUCGUAGAAGGCACAAUUAAUGAACAUUCUA